AUGAAGGUGCAUAUCUUUGGUGCUACUUCUUCACCUAGUUGCUGUAACUACACUUUGAAACAUUUGGUAGCGGAAAAUAUGCAGAAAUACAAACCUUCCAUAGUAGAAGCAAUAAAACGAAGCAUGUACGUAGAUGACUGUCUGGCAUCGCUGAGUACAGAAGAAGAAGCAAAGUCAUUUGCUAGAGACAUAUCUUCCCUCUAUCAGAAUGGAGGCUUUCACUUGACUAAAUGGAUCAGCAAUAGUGUAUCUGUAUUAGAAUCAAUUCCUGAAGAAGAUCGUGCAAAAAAUGUGAAGGAGUGGAUCAUAGGAGAAAAUUGUUUAGUAGAAAGCGCCUUAGGAGUCUAUUGGUUUAUUGAGAGCGAUCAGCUGGGAUUUCAGAUAUCUGUCAAAGAGCAACCAUACACGAAGAGGAAUUCUUUCCAUCAUCAGCUCCCUGUAUGA